GCGGACCCCGAGCGGCGGCCGCAGGUCCAGGCGCCAUGGCUGCGGAGCGGACCCGGCCGCUGCGGGGCUCUGGCGGCCCGCGCGCGCCUAGUCGGUGUGAGCCCGGCGCGAGGUCCCGGGCCCCGGGGCGCUCGCUCAGGUCAGUGCCUCGCGGAACACGGCUCCGGGAGCAGGGGACCCGGGAGCGACGGACGGGUUGAAGGGAUCUGGAGUUGAUUUUAGAGAUGGGAGAAUUGAGUCUCGGAGUGACUGUCUCCUAGUGCCUCAGUUUCCUUAGCUGCGAAAUGAGUUAACAGUGAUGUCCCAGGGCUGCCAUGAGUUUGAAAGAUGAUGAAGUGUGGAGAGGUGGUUUAUGAAGUACCGAGCGCUGUACUAAUGUGAGGGACUGCGCCAUAAUUGUGGGUAUGCCAUGGAAACAGGUGUGUAUGUGGAGUGCUGCUUGCAAUAAAGAUAACAAGGUGAAUGCUGAAUAAUGAUGGUAACCGGCAUUUCUUGUAGGCUUACAGUGUGCGGGUACUGUGCUAAACGUUUUAAGUGCAUUAUCCUGUUUAUUCCUCGUAAAAACCCUUGUAGGGUUACCUGUUCGUGGUUACCUUUUAUAAGUGAGGAAACUGGGCUUGAGAUGGGUGAAGCGAUUUGCCCAGGGUCACCCAGCAACAAGUGGGGUUGCAGAGCCCUUAUUUUAGAAACAUUAUUUGUAUUCUUUCAAAGCUUUUAAAAAUUCAUCUUAAAACUGAAGGCGGAUUUACAUAGAACGGAUAUUCACACGGUUUUAAAUUCAUAAAGGGACCCUCACCCCUAUUCCUCAGCCCUCCAGCAUUCUCUGGAAGCAACCAGUGUUACUAGCUUCUUCAAUAUUCAGAAUAUAAGUAUAUAAGUUCAUUUAGAUAAGUUCAGAGCCUCUGUACUCUUAAACUGCUGGCUAUACUUGAUAAGAAAAGAGAGGGAAGAUGAAGCUAAGGGCAACAAGUGUCUUGCUUUCUCUCUUGAUUAGGCCGGGUCCUGAGGGAGGAGAGGAAAAUGCAUUCAUCGUGUUUAAUCGAGAAUGUUGUAUCUUUAGUAACACCUGGGAGUAUAGGUUUCGUUUGGUUUUGGUUUUGGAGGGUGGGGGCUGGGAAAGAUGUUGCACCUGCUCCUUCCUGUGGGACCGUGGGACAGUCACUCCACCUUUGGGGCCAUAGAUUUCCUCAUUUGUUAGUUAAGGGCAGUUCUGAUACCUUCCACGAGGUUGUGAAAAUCAAGUGAGGUAAUAUCUAUGAGUAGUACUUUAGUCUGUCAGACCAGUACAAAGAUGAGAGUUGCCUGGGCUUCCCUGGUGGCGCAGUGGUUGAGAGUCCGCCUGCCGAUGCAGGGACACGGGUUCGUGCCCCAGUCCGGGAAGAUCCCACAUGCCGCGGAGCGGCUGGGCCCGUGAGCCAUGGCCGCUGAGCCUGCGCGUCCGGAGCCUGUGCUCCACAACGGGAGAGGCCACAACAGUGAGAGGCCCGUGUACCGCAAAAAAAAAAAAAAAAAAAAAAAAAAAGAUGAGAGUUGCCUAAGGGAACAUAGGGAGUUAAUGGCAGAACCAGAGACCAAACCCAGGUCUCCCAUCUCCCAGUUUAGGAAGCUUUUCAUCAUCCACCUGUUUCAGAGCUUUGUGAUUGUUACUACUGAGGGCAGAAGGGCAAGUUUAAUGUUUAGUCUUAAGUGAGGGGGAAAAAAAGUAUGAGACACCAUGGAGUGUGGAGAGGUUGGAGAGAAAAUGCACCUAGUGGGAAAUCAUAGCCUCAAGUCAGUAACUGCCCUUAAUUAUAAAAUUAAAUUCCCAGUAAGUUUGAGCAGUUGAGUUUUUUGGUCUGUAUAUUUUAAGCCAUCUUAAGAUAAACUGUGGUAAUGUCAUAGGGUUGAAAGGGAUGUUAUUGGAGCUUUCCUGCCAGGUAUUCAUAGUUAUAAAACUUACAAGGGCUUUGUGCUAGGCAUGUCCCUACUCUGGUCCUGAUUCUCACAGCCCUCAAGGUGAGCUAGCUUCCAUUUUACAGAUGACAAAACGGAAGCUUAGAAGUUAGUUGAACAUGUCCAUGAUCACAUAGGAAGUGGCUGAAUCAGUAAAAGGUUUGACUGACUCCAAAGCAUUUUCAUUUACCUCAUUCUGCCUCUGUAUCCAGCUGUCCUUGACCAUUUCCAGUAAUUGGAAGCUCACCACUUGUGGAGGCAGCUGUUCCAUUAUUGGAAAGCUCUGGUGUUUUAAAAGCUCCUCCUUCAGUUGAAUUGAAAUCCCACUUCCUGAAGUUUUCCCCAUGGGACCUUUGCUGCCAGUACAUGAUAUUCCUAGAGGCUCUCUAAGAGUUCAGUUUAGACCUGUGACCUUAAGAAAGUUCUCUCCAGAGUCAGUUCAUUUUUUAGAGAAACAAAAGCUGAUUUUUUUUAAUAGUGCAUUCUGCAAAGUUAAUGGGGCCUGCUUUAUUUUUAAAAGACGCCUUUUUCAUGACAGUGAAAGAUAAAGAACUGGAAAAGAGCCUCCCGUAAAGGGUUCAGUAGCUUAAAGGGCAAUUUCUAAUGUAAGAGUGGGAAGAAAAAUUCUUAUUAGGAGUUAGGAGAGUAUGUAAAUAUCAGAAAUGGCUGGGUUUUUAAAGGUGCUCGUUGGAAAACUCGUCCCAUAAUCUCUGUGGUGUCACGGGUACAUUGAUUUGGCAUGCUGUAUGAUGUCUCUUAGUUAUUUGGUAAUGAUAUUGUUUUCACGGGUAUUAUAAAUUGGCGUUGUGUCCAUUUAAGUAACAGUUCGUCUUACAUAAAUGUCAGCGUUUCUGUGAUGGACCUGUGGCAUACUGUGUGUGUGUGGCGGUGCAAGUGAGAUAGAGGAAACCCCCCUGCUUCUUCACUGUAAAAAAUGAUGCCUGGGCAGAUGUUUUGGUUAUGUUUUUAAUUGGCCAGUAUUAACUAAUUAGCUGUUGUGACAUUUUGUGAAUGUCCACAGAAACUUUUUUUUUUUGCUCUUGCUGUGAAUAAUUUUUUUAAAGUAAAACUUUUCCAGAAAUAUUAUAGAUAAAAGGUUGUUAGGAUACAGAAAAAGGAGGAGGCUUGUUAUUUUGGUUUUUUGUUGUUUGUUUUGUUUUGUUUUGUUUUGUUUUUUGGCUGUGCCGAGUGGCUCGUGGGAUCUUAGUUCCCCAACCAGGGAUUGAACCCAGGCCCUUGGCAGUGAAAGCACAGAGUCCUAAGCACUGGACGGCCAGGGAAGUCCCAAGAGGCUUGUUAUCUUGUGUUAAGUUGAUAAAACUUUUGGUGAAAUCAUCGUUUUUUGGCAGCCAAGUAAAUCCUUAAAUUAAUAAAUCCUACCUAGCCCAAACCCUGAGGGUUAAAGUCCAUUCACUGUUCAAAAAUAUUAGACAACAGAUGAUGUGAUUGGAAGAGGUUUAUUUGCUUUGACUGCUUUUUGUCUGAUAACGUUCCCGCCAAAUUUAAUAUUGGGAAAUUAAUGAAAAUGAUUUUUCCAUACCUUAACAUUAACAAAGUUAGACGAUGAGAUCUGGAUAUUUGUGUAGACCUUGAUCUAGGUGACAUAUGGAAAAGAGUUUAUUUUCUUCUUCUACCUUAAUUUGGACAUAAAGGUUUUUUUUAAAAAAUAAAUUUAUUUUAUUUAUUUAUUUUUGGCUGCAUUGGGUCUUUGUUGCUUUUUGCAGGCUUUCUCUAGUUGCGGCGAGCGGGGCCUUCUCAUUGCGGUGGCUUCUCUUGUUGCAGAGCAUGGGCUCUAGGCACACGGGCUUCAGUAGUUGUGGCUUGCAGGCUCUGGAGCGCAGGCUCAGUAGUUGUGGCUCACAGGCUUAGUUGCUCCGUGGCAUGUGGGAUCUUCCCGGACCAGGGCUCGAACCCUUGUCCCCUGCAUUGGCAGGCAGAUUCAUAACCACUGCGCCACCAGGGAAGCCCUUAAUUUGGACAUAAAGUUUUAAAAUUAGUAUGAUAAUCUGAUGGGAAACUGAGUGAUCAGACUAGAAGGAAAGUUUUUAUUCUUUUUUUUUUAAUCAUUGAAAUGUUUCAACAUAUGAAAAUAGAAUAAAAAACCUCCAUGUACCCAUCACCCAGCACUAAUAUCUACCAACAUGGCCUAUCUUGGGAAAGAUGGUUUUUACGUGAUUUGCUUUAUUUUUUGUUCUCUUCCUGUUAGUUUAGUCCCCGUUGUUAAGAGUGUGUUGACACCUUGACAUAAUAUGUUUUGCUGGAUACUUGUAAAUUUUUUUUGUUGUAUCUAGCCCUAAAGGGGAAGGUGGUAUAUAAUCAGACUCGGUGCUCCCAGAUUUUAUCGCCAGGUUGCAGUUCUCCUGGUGGUAGCUGGCUUCAGAGAGAGACAACUUGGUGUGUUUAGAAGAGUACUGAUCUUGAGAGCACUGGCUUUCAGUCUGCUCUGUUGGCUAUAGGCAAAUCAUUUACCUUCUCUGACCUGCAGCUUCCUCAUCUGCAAAGUGAAGAUGAUGGUCCCUUUCUUUGGGUGUUUUUUAAGCAUCAGGGUUACUAAUUUGUCUUAUUUGUGCAGGCUUCCAGGACCCUCAUGGCUCUCUGGGGUACAUGAGGUUAAGAGUUGUCACCAGCUCAUCUGAGGCUUAUAAAAACAGACUAUGUAAGGCCAGAUAAGACCUUUGGUAAUUCACGUUAUAACAGGCAGUGCCAUAAAGGAAGUGGAAGAACCAGAAUACAUGAGCCGUAUAACUUACUGCACCUGCUUAUUUUUCUUCCCUAGACCUUUUUGCCUCAACAUCUAUUGCAAAAGCCAGUGGUCAGUUCUGUGAUUCUAGUAACAGGUCAUGUUGUACCUAGCUUGAUGACCAAUGUCUCAAAUUACUGCUCCGGAGACUUGCUUUCUGGUUGUCACUUCCUUGUGCUUAUUUUUAUGAUUUUAGGGCCGAAAUAGAGUGUAUUAAGGAAAUGGUAUUAUGAUGGUUUUGAUGGGAGUCCCAUUGUAUAGAAUACGCUGUUUCAUAAGGAAUGAAUACUCUGUAAAUCUUUUACCGUGAAGAUGCAUGUAGCAUGUGCUAGACUUCAAAAGGAGCAAAUCACGCACACACCAGCAUAAAUUUCAUUGAGUUAUGUUUUGGAGGUCAUGAUUUGUUAAAGUAUGAUUUCACAAAUGUAUUUUCUUUUGUGUGCAUGGAAAUUUUUCAGAUAAAUACAGUGUAUUAACUGUAAAGUUGUAAUAUAACUAAGCAUAAUGUUGUAAUGCCAAGUUUUUUACACUAAUUUUUAAUACUUCAUUUGUUAGCAGUCUUGCUUGAAUGGUCAUUUUGAGCAGAACUAAUACAAUAUUUUGAUGUGCCACAGGUAAAUUUUUCCAUAACCUUAUGGAGAGAAAGGACUUUGAGACAUGGCUUGAUAACAUUUCUGUUACAUUUCUUUCUCUGACGGACUUGCAGAAAAAUGAAACUCUGGAUCACCUGAUUAGUCUGAGUGGGGCAGUCCAGCUCAGGCAUCUCUCCAAUAACCUGGAGACUCUCCUCAAGCGGGACUUCCUCAAACUCCUUCCCCUGGAGCUCAGUUUUUAUUUGUUAAAAUGGCUCGAUCCUCAGACUUUACUCACAUGCUGCCUCGUCUCUAAACAGUGGAAUAAGGUGAUAAGUGCCUGUACAGAGGUGUGGCAGACUGCCUGUAAAAAUUUGGGCUGGCAGAUAGAUGAUUCUGUUCAGGACGCUUUGCACUGGAAGAAGGUUUAUUUGAAGGCUAUUUUGAGAAUGAAGCAACUGGAGGACCAUGAAGCCUUUGAGACCUCAUCAUUAAUUGGACACAGUGCCAGAGUGUAUGCACUUUACUACAAAGAUGGACUCCUCUGUACAGGGUCAGAUGACUUGUCUGCAAAACUAUGGGAUGUGAGCACAGGGCAGUGUGUUUAUGGCAUCCAGACCCACACUUGUGCAGCGGUGAAGUUUGAUGAGCAGAAGCUUGUGACAGGCUCCUUUGACAACACUGUGGCCUGCUGGGAAUGGAGUUCCGGAGCCAGGACCCAGCACUUCCGGGGGCAUACGGGGGCGGUGUUUAGCGUCGACUACAAUGAUGAACUGGACAUCUUGGUGAGCGGCUCUGCAGACUUCACUGUGAAAGUAUGGGCUUUAUCUGCUGGGACGUGCCUGAACACACUCACCGGGCACACAGAAUGGGUCACCAAGGUGGUCUUGCAAAAGUGCAAAGUCAAGUCUCUCUUGCACAGCCCUGGAGACUACAUCCUCUUAAGUGCAGACAAAUAUGAGAUCAAGAUUUGGCCAAUUGGGAGAGAAAUUAACUGUAAGUGCUUAAAGACGUUGUCUGUCUCUGAGGAUAGAAGUAUCUGCCUGCAGCCAAGACUUCAUUUUGAUGGCAAAUACAUUGUCUGUAGUUCGGCACUGGGUCUCUACCAGUGGGACUUUGCCAGUUAUGAUAUUCUCAGGGUCAUCAAGACUCCUGAGGUAGCAAACUUGGCCUUGCUUGGCUUUGGAGAUAUUUUUGCCCUGCUGUUUGACAACCGCUACCUGUAUAUCAUGGACUUGCGGACAGAGAGCCUGAUUAGCCGCUGGCCUCUCCCAGAGUAUAGGAAAUCCAAGAGAGGCUCCAGCUUCCUGGCAGGCGAAGCGUCCUGGAUGAAUGGACUGGAUGGGCACAAUGACACGGGCUUGGUCUUUGCCACCAGCAUGCCUGACCACAGUAUUCACCUGGUGUUGUGGAAGGAGCACGGCUGAUGCCGCGAGCUACGCCGCUGACUGACUUUGGGCGCCAGGGCUGCGGAUUUUGAGUGCAACCUCUGUGGCAGCCGACUGCAUGAACCAAAGUUCUCACCUAAUGGUAUCAUCACGCAGUGCACAAUCAUUUAUCUCUGUUUGCCAGGGGGCCAGGGCUCGGGGUGGGGGAGGGCUCAUUUUGUUGACAUACACUGCAGCAUGCUGAUGGGGUGCACCAUUGACUUCAUUCGUACUUAGGUAUGUUGGUCAGUAUAAGAGGCUGCACUUGGGGUUCAUCUUUCUUGAAUAUUGGUUUUAAGUAAAGAUAUUUAAAUGGCUCAUUAAUCUGCUAAUUGGUUGCCUAUAAAAACACAUUCAGUCUAUUAUUAAAGCUUUUUACCAUUGCCUUUUUCCCUUUUGAAGUUGAAGCAAAGGUGCUAUGAUGUUGUUACAGCAACUUUUCUCACAUGGGGCUUAGCUUUUAUAACAACCCGUGUUAUAAAGACCACCAGGUUCUGUGACAUUCAUACUCUCCACCAAAUACCAGUUCUAAAGAAAAGUUGUCUUCCAGUGCAAAUCCAGUUCUAUAAAUUGAUGGUUUAUAACACAUUCUAAAUCCUAGUUCUUGACAGAGUGAAGGUGGGCCAUGUCUGAGAUGUGAGGAAGUUAUGUAUUUUUUGUUUCUAGGUGGAGCAAGCUGGUCCUUGGUCCCCCACAGCCUAGGUGACUGCACAGAGGUGACAUGGUACAGUAGAAAGAACACUGAGCUGGCAGAUUGAAGACUGGCUCUGUUACCUAGGAACCCUGCACCCCAGGGAUAUACUUCUCUGGUCCCCAUUUUCCCUGUCUGUAUAGCUAGUUGUUAGGCUGUCACUUGGUUUCUAAGAUUCCUUCUGGUCCUGUGUCUGCUGAGGUGUACAAAAGUUGAUAUUUCAGUUUUGUCUGAUUGCUGAUUCAUUGCUUCUUUAGGUUUGGAGAUAAUAUAUAAAUGAAAUCACUGAUAGAGGGUUGUCACCUAUAAGGAAAUCCAAAUGUACAAAAAAGAAUGGAUAAGAGGGAAUGUAGAAAAUGUUACAUGUUCCACUUUAAAAAUGUAAGUGAUUGGUGGAAGAAAUGCCGAGAGCAGCUGUGGUCCUCUAGAGAGGCAGUGUGCCAUAUUAGAAAGAAAGAUCCCUGACCCUGACUUUCGUCCUCCUUUGCCUCUAACUUGAUGUGUAGCCUCAGGCAGGUUAACUUUCUGUUGGAAAUGAAGGAAUUGCCCUAGAUUAAGGUUCGCAAAGCCACACGCCCAGGGGAGCCACGCAGAUAAACAUAAAUGAGUGCAGCAUGCUGUGUAGGAUGAGGCUGCACCAGGGGAAGCUUAUCUGGCAGGGCAGUUAUGGAGCCCUAAGUGUUAGGCAGAAACAAGUCCAGUGUUUGGCAGGUCUUCUGAUUUUUCAGAAGGAGGUAGAACUCCAGAGUUGUAUUUGUAAUUCCCUAAUUUUAAACAUGUUGACAGCGACUCCAUCAUUCAAGAUGUCGUGGGCUAAACAAAGCAUGCCUGCGGGCUGCCAGUUUGUAUUCUCCACCCCCUCAUUCCUGCAAAUUAGAUAAUGCCGGCAGUGGAACUGUUUUAACGUAACCGUCGCAAACAUUAGGGAGAAAGUCGAGGGAGCAAGUAGUAGGAAGAAUUCAGCUCUUCCCCGUUGUGUUACAGAGGAGUGAGGGGGGCAUUUCAUUCACAGACCGACAGGAAACUAGUUUGAAGAUGAACUUAACGGGAACCUGAGUGAGAGCCUUUGCCUGGGAAUAUGAGGUAUUCAUUCUUCUUCUCAACUCUGAUAUAAAGCACAUCCAUUUUUCAGGUAGGAAAAGGGUUGCUGGCAGAGCUGAGAAUGAUUCAAAGUACAGUGGGGACACAGCUCUCCCAGAAUCCUAUCAGCCUAGAGCCUGACAGUGGACCUCUGAAUGCUGCAAAGUUAGGGUUUCAGAGAAUUUUGAUGGUUGGUUUCAAGGACGGGUUUAGUUAAUAUCCAUGUUGAGGCUCUGAGGGAAUUACAUAAAAGAACAAUUGUCUUUCUCCGUCCCCCAGAUCCAUUUCACAUUGAGUUCUGUGUGUGAGCUCUGCUUGGUCCUUCAAGAAGUGGAACCAGAUUAGAAGCUGGAAUCUAUUUUGCAGGAACCUCAGGAGGCUUUGGGCCAUGAUAAGGGUAAACAACUUAACUCCUUUUCAUCCAGCCAGAACAAAAGAACUGAGAUUACUGAUCUAAUGACCAUCCCUGCUCCCACCUCGCUGUCAGAUAUAUCCAGUAGCUUCAAAGACCAAGCGAUUUAUAACUACGUAGUCAUUUGUGGGAAAAAUUUUUUGAAAAUGACAAACCUGAAACCUGUAUGGCAUGUCCCAUUUCAGUUUUCAGAGGUGAAUACCAAAGUUAUCAUCAAGGUAGUAACAGCUGAUUUUGACAGCAAUGCUUAGAGUCCUAAAUUUGAUCCUCCUCACAGAGGUCUUUGUUUCACCUGAGCAUUUUAUUUAGUUGCUUUAUGGAUGCUAGCUUUAUUCGUAGUAUUGUCAGCUUUUAUACAAAUGGAAAACUUACCCUUUAAAAAGAAAUAAAGCAAGGUGGGGAGUCAGUGAGAACAGUGGGUAGGGGGUAACUCAGUCUCCCUUCAUGGAGUUAGGUGCCUCUCUUCCCUACGCACUGACUUCUGCUUCCUUAGCUCAGAGGCAAGGGAUUUGCCUUUGCCUCUUCUUUUGUGAAUAUUCUCAUUUCUGAAAAAUUCUUAAUCAUAAGCAGAUAGACUCCAUCUUUCUUUAUGAGUGUUGGAUUUCUUGAGUGGCCCUGGUGUGGUAGAAGGGGGGCUUCUUUCCUCUCUGGUUUGUGUAGGGAACCAUAACAACUUCAGGCUCCGGGGGAGGGCAGGAUCUAGGAGAGCUGAGUGAGUGUGGUUUUAGCAGACUUUGUUCCCACUCCAAAGGAAGCUAGUUUCCUCCAGCCAGCCCGGUUAUUUGAAGUAAUAAGUGUUGUCAAACCUGACCUCUUAGACCUAUCAGAGAAGUAGGAAGAAAGACUUCCUCCAGGACAGGGGCUAGACUUUGAAGACGUUCCACAGGAAGUACACGUGUUUGAAUAGCUUUUAAAUGAAGAUGGGAAAUAUUGCCAUUUUAAGCUGUGUACUUCAUUUUUCAUAGUUUAAAAUUAAUCUGUGCUGGCCACUAAAAAUGCUCAGUAAAAUGUGAAUGAGGGUUAUGUAAUCAUUCUAGUAUUUGCUCUCAGGAGAAUGAUUACUGCUCUGCAUUUGUAAAUCUUAGGGAGAAAAGAAAUACUUCUGGAAACAGUAUUACGUUAGACAUGAAGAAUUUGUUUCUGUUAGGCGAGGCGUUUCAACCAAACAGAAGUAGCUAAGGAGAGUAGAGCUGGCUUUACACGUUGCUUUGGCCAAACUCAGCCAACUCCUUGAAGCCGUGACUGUUGCCCUGGCUUCUUGGGAGCCUAGAGGUGAAUCUUGCCAUCGUCCCUCUUCUAGUUCUCCGUGCCUCCUCUUUCUCUGGGCCUCUACUGGGCCUUGGUGUCUGAACCACUUGCCAUCCUCUGUAGGGAAGUGUGUUAUCAGAUUGCUGCCCUAGGAUGCAGCCUGGGCCAGGGCACACUGUGACCUUUGCCUUUAGGGCCAUAGAGUUGUCAGUAUAGGGGAGAGGCACCUUAGGUCUGUCCCCUUGACACAGCCUUCCUACCUGGUUAUGCUGGUGCUUGCCAAGAUACUUAAGACAACCAAGACACUCGAGAAUUCUGCAGUCCCCAGAUAGGAUGUCUGAUCUGAUGGAGAGAACAGGUUAGCAUUCUUGACAGAAAUUCCUACCAGCCAUCUUUGGCAGUGUCCUGAUCCAUAGCUCCCUGUACUUACUCUAGGAAAGUGAAUUUCUUUCAGGAUAAAUCCUCACAUGGAUUACUGGAUAGUCUUUGUAUCACUCCCUUCAGCCUAAGCAGGCUGAAUGAUCAUGCUCAGUGCAAAAAGGUGUUAUGCUGUCAAGUUGUUUCAGUGCGUUUCCAGUCUCCCCCAGAAUGGUAUAGUUGCUUAAAGCUAGUACUACAGUCUUGACCAGUGUAAACAUACUUAAUUAUUGCAGCUUAAAGAAUCCAGCUACUUCUACUCUUCAUGCAUAUGCUCAAAUAAAAAUGUGGUUUUCUAUAUUUAAACCUGGCAAAUAAUGAAUUCAGAUGAUGAAAGCUCACAAUUGUUUGGUGUCCAUAUACUCACAUUGUGAACAUAUUUCACUCGUUUAGACUUAGUACUCUUGAUGAGAAUGCUCAGGUUGAAAAAGGCUGGCCUCACCAAUCCAACAUCUGUGGCAACAUGGAACUUAUGUUUCACUUAUUUGAUGUAUGUUGUGAUCUAGGGGGAAUGAAGUGAAGUUUAUAUUUGAACUGUCUGUGGGGUGGGUGGGCGGGGGAGAGGGAUUGCUUAAGCAAAUAGUGGAGUGAUUGUGGAACAAGAUGUCUCUAUAAGACGAGAAGUUAUUUUCAUGCAUCAUAGAAGCAUUCUUCUACCUGUGAGUGAUUGUGCUGACUGUAAAUCAUUUAUAUCUAUACAUUAAAAGCAGGUUCCCUUGAUUAGGCAACAUUUGGUUAGCCAAGCCCAAGUUAUGUUUGUACUUGAAAGAAAUAAAGCUGCAUUUCCUUAAAAAUUACAUUCUGUAGUUAAGACUAUUUUCUUGCUCUCUUCCCCCAACUAAUUCCAAGGAAACUUUUCAAAAGCGAGUUUUAGAAUGCAUCUUUAGAAAUGAACUGCCCCUCGAGUGAUCUAAAGUGACUCUGUUCUUCUACUGUUUCUGCAUGUUCUAGAAUGUAAGUCUAACAAUGUAACAAUUUCUGAAUGAGAUCCAAGAGGGAAAACAAUAAAUUUAAAAGUAAAAUGCAAGGAAGGAUUUUGGUGACCUUCCUGAAUAGAUGCAGAUGGAGGGAAAGUACGUUUAUGCAGGGUUGAGACCUUGGGAUCAGCUUCCUCUCUUUUGCUCUCCUCUGUUCAGCACAUCCCCAAGUUGGUUCAUUCUUUCUUCUUAAUUUAAACUUGUAGGACUCCUUGUCAUCAAACAUGGUCCUGUACUUUUGAUCCCCAGCAGCACCGUGACAGGGCAGAUUGUCCUUCCUGUUUUACAGAUGAGAGGUUGAGGCUUGCGCGGAGCAACUAAGCCCGCGUGCCACAACUGCUGAAGCCUGGGCACCUAGAGCCCGUGCUCCGUGACAAGGGAAGCCACUGCAGUGAGAAGCCCACACACCACCACUAGAGAAAGCCUGCGCGCAGCAACGAAGACCCAAUGCGGCCAAAAACGUAAAUAAAUAGAUAAAUUUAUUUUAAAAGUAAAAGGAGUUGAGGGUUGAAAGAGUGGCUAAUUGCUUAGAGGAGUAGUAAGUAGCGAGGAUGAGGCUGGGGCCCUGAUGUUUAGCCUCUGCAGACCUGGAUUUUUCCUGCCUUUCCUUGUUUCCCUUCCCAUUUUCUCUACUUCAGUCUCUUCAAUCCAGACCUGGCCCACUGCCGUCUGCUUUCACCAAUCAUGUGUACCUCUUGAGCCACCAUGGACUCUGCUUCCAGGGCCUCUCCCCAACCACUCUUUUGAGCACUUAUCUCUGUUCAACAACCUUAAUGACUCCCUGUUAUCAGCAGGGGGUGUCUAGAUCUAUCAGUGUAACUGAGUCCCAGCUCAUCUCUUCAAAGGACUCUUGCUCUUUCGUUUCCUGCCUUUGCACCUUGGAUCUUCCCACAUCCUCCUGGGGAAGCUCUCUGUGCUCUUUCCAACCUGUCCUUGGGCCAGCCUGUAGGAUCCCAUUAACCUCCCACCAUCUUUAAAGCCUCUGGUGACCACCACCCCCCACUGGGCCUGAUUCGGUGUUUUGUUCCAGGGUGGGUAGGUGUGCAAUUCAUUUGGCAAUUCAUCAUGUAGUUUGCAGUUGGCAAACCAUUAACUUUUACGCUUAAGCCAUACAUUUUUCAAAAUUUAGGUGAAUGCUUUGUCUCUCCAGUAACAUUUUAAGAUUGAGUUCUUACAAGAUGCUCAAUAAAUUCUUGAUAUUUUAAUAAAUUCCAUGAAUUAUCUUAGGGGGCUACAUGUUACAGAGGAAAAAGUAACUUUUGAGAAUGUCAGAGCCUUGAAGCAAAAUGAAAGACCAAUUACACACAGCUCUCCCUCUCUUAGACUUCCCUGCUCUGCCGUAUUUUUUUUUAAUUAAAGUAUAGUUGAUUUACAAUGUUGUGUUAAUUUCUGUUGUACAGCAAAGGGAUUCAGUUAUAUAUAAAUUCUUUUCCAUAUUCUUUUCCAUUAUGGUUUAUCAGAGGAUAUUGACUAUAGUUCCCUGUGCUAUACAGUAGGACCUUGUUUAUCCAUUCUAUAUAUAAUAGUUUGCCUCUACUAAUCCCAAACUCCCAAUCCAUCCC